AUGGACGACAAGGCUACAACCAACAGCAACAUCCUCCAUCCAAACGCCGCCAUGCCUACCCGGACCCGGCCCGUCGUCCGCCUGCUCCUGCUCCUUGUCUUCAUCGUCGCUGUCGGCUUCUACACCGUCGCUCGCCCCUUUGCCUGGCACCCUUCUUUCGCCCCCGUCGCCGAUGGCGGUGCGCUCAAGAAAAGCGGACUCGUGCCUCUCGAGGCGCACAUCAUCAGCAAAUGCCCCGACACCCGCGACGCCCUGCGGCAGCUAAUCCUCCCGGCCAUGCAACAGGUACACGAUAAAGUCGACUUCAAGCUCAACUACAUCGGAACUCCCACUGCCAACGACGGCAUCGAGUGCAAGCAUGGCCCGUCCGAGUGCUUGGGCAACAUCAUCGAGCUCUGCGCCCGCGAGCUGUACCCCGAUCCCAAGAUCAACCUCGGCUUCAUCAUGUGCCUGACCAAGGACUAUCAAGAGAUCCCCAACCGUGCCCUCAUCGAGGAUUGUGCCCUGGAACACGCCAUCGAUUUCAAGGCCCUCAACGAAUGCGCCACGCGGGACGACGGCGCCCAUGGCCUCGAGCUCCUCCGCACCAGCGUCCUGCGCACGGCCGCUGUCAACGUCACAAUUAGCUGCACGCUGCGGCUUAACAACGAGGUCUAUUGCAUCCGCGACGGCGGCGAGUGGAAAGACUGCCCUCACGGGUCCGGCGUCAACGACCUGGUCGUUGCUAUUGAGAAGCUCCACCGCUCGUCGUCUUGA